GCUCAUCGCGAUGGGUCGCGAUGAAAAAUUUUGGCAGUUUCUUUGAUGUUGUGCAAACCCUACCACGCGCAACGCAUAGUUCUAAGAACUUGUAUUCAUCACGUACCACGUCAGGACUAGGUGCAAGUGCUACUAAGAACUCAUCUUUCAUUCAGCAAUAGAAGCGGUGUUCGCUAGCGAGCGUGAGAAGAGGAGAGGAUUCAAGAAAUUGAAAGUCUCACUUUUAUCAUUUCGGAGACUCGCGCCUCAAAUUGUCACUGCACAAAAAAUCCUACUAGUGACGCCGAAGAUGAUUUUCGUAUCACCAACAUACCGGUUGGCGAAACAUACUUUUUUACUCUCUCUGUAUUUGUAUUCAAUUUCAUGGACGAUAGCCCUCCUGUGCUUGUCCUCGUCGUCGUCUACCUGCGUUGAAGGCCGUCGUGUCUUCGGCGACUCCUUUUCCGCUUCUGUGGCCUCUCCCUUCUUCCGAGGGAUUGAGAUUGCGCGAGCUGUAGGAGGCAGACGCUUACGCAGACGCGGCCCUACACCUCCUCCUCCGAAGGUGGUGCGUCUUCCCGGCGAAAAACCUCCUGGAUAUGGAUGGGGUUCUUUCCAUCCUUGCUUACGACCAUUCUGGUACUCAUUUAGUAUUUGUAAGGAUAACGUAUUCAAAUUCUAUUUCUACUGAAUUGAAGGUGAAAAACAAGAACUGCUAGGAUGGUCGUGGUCUGCUUGGAUGAAAAAAGCGCCCCUGUUCAUACUGGAGAAGAUUCAGACGAUGAUGAUAAAAGAGAUGGUAGAAGAAGUGCUACGACUACUGCUGAGACGAGGGGCCGUACAAAUGAUGAAGAUGGACGAUUGCCUAGGAGAGGACCAUCAGGCUUUACUACCUUCACAACGCCAGAUGGUACUCCAGUAAGAGCUGUAAGUGCGAGUGCGAGGGGGGGGAGUCCAAGUCCUGGGCCAGGUGGUGCAGCUGCAAGUAAUGGAGCCCGUGGUAAAUCACCUCCAUUGGGAGCUCCAGCACCUGCACGAGGUUUGGCAGACGAAGUACUCAUGAGCAUUCCGAGUCGUGCGCGAGAUGGCAUUGGAGAACCUUCUAAAGGUUCUAGACAUGGAAGUCGCUCCCCGUCUGUGCCUGUGGAAAGCGAAGCGAUGCCUGUGACCCUGCCUCUAGCAAGGUAUAAACUAUCGCAGUACAACAGGGACAAUAAUGCAGAUCAUCAUGAUGCUGCACAACCUAAUCCUAUUAUUAAGGCUCAGAAUAUUUCAUUUCUAGAAGUCAUUUCUCGCAAUUUUCUUCUUGGGAAUCUGAAGAAAUGAACGCAAUAAAUGAAAUGUUUUGAGCUCUAAUAUUAGUAGAUGUGCAAGUGCAACUCCUACUCCACGAAAAAUAACAAGUCGAGACCCAUUCGCCGAAGAGGACAGCUCUGAUCCCGUCAAGAAUAUUGAAGAAAGAGUAGGGAUACUGCGGAAGGAAAACCCGGCAAAGAAUCACAUUUGUGAACUUACUGUUGCGCGUGGGUCCGAAAAUGAGUUUUCGCAGUUGAUGCGUGUGGGGAGCAAAAUCAUCCUCAUGUCGAGGACGCGCACAGGCUUAGAAGAUGCUUUCGUGAAACUUGACCUCACUCUUUCUAUGCGCGACUUGACGGAUCCACGUGUGAACAAACGAACAAGAGACGAUGUGGAGGAAAUGAUGAAAGGAAUCCGACUGUCCUUUGUCACACUACUAGAGAAUUACGUUGGAGGAUCAUGCUCUGCGCCGAAUAUGUACACGAAGGUGGAACCGAGAUUGGUGGCGUCGUUAUGGUUUCUGAGACUAGAAUAUUGAGUUCAGGUCCAUUUUUGUGAUGCUCGGAUAGUUGCUCAUCGCCGUUUUUUUGAAAGUCGUGAAGCCAGGAACACGGCUUCCUUCAGGCUGUUGAUCAGUAUAAUUAUUUGGUAAGAAGUUAGGGAUCUGAGACAGAUUGAUCAAUCCACUAUCGCCUAGAAAAACUGCAUUAUUUGGGGAAUCCAUGACUUCCGCCGGCUGCGUCUGCUCUAACCUCACACGCUGUUUUGCUCCAGUUCUUCGCUCCCCUUCCCGGUUUCCGUUCUGGAGAUAGUGGCUCGAAAAAACCUGGCAGAGUCGUGACAGUCCUUCACGCCCUCUGGGCUCUACGCAUUUUGGAGUAUCAGGAAGCUGUAGAGGCGGAGCGAAAGCGACAGGCACGUCGAGGAACUGAAGAUCAGAAAGCUGCGAAAUGGUUGGAAAAAUUACAAGCCGAGCAUCCGGUGAUGUCAGAAAAGGAGAGGCAGAAGCGAUUUAGAGAACACAUCGCGGCAUUGCGGCGCGAUGAAGCAAGUAGUGAAAGGGAGGGCCACUUUAUUAUGGACUUACAGAUUGGUUGGUUGCUUUUGUUUGGUUUGCUUUACCUGUUCAUAGUGUUUACCAGUUCUAAUAUUCCCUCCCACGAUUCUCGGCAUCCCCCUAUCACGACCUGCUCCGACAACGGAGCCGGACAUCACAACGACCGGCACAGAGACCAAGAAAAUACAUUCCCACAACGUGUUUUCUCCGCACAAUACGAUCGUAGUGAGCUCUGUCGCAUGCGUGGUGGCGCGAGAAGUGUGGCAGAUAGACGUGAGGAAGACGAGGUUUUUAGUGGCUCCUCACCACUCCUGAGGGGCUUCUCGAACCCACUAGUACCUGGGUUGAGGCAAAGCUUGGCGAGGAAUGGGAAAUUGAAGGCAGCUUUGGCGAAUAAGGAAUUUUGGUUAUGUUCUGAGGUUUUUAGAUGUCAAGAGUUCGAAGGAAAGGACAGAUCGACGAGGUCCUUCUUCGCUAGCUAGGAGAAGCAAUUACUUGAGGAGAACAAAAAGCAGAAAUUCAAUGUGUUAACUUGACCUCAACAUUCUCAUUCUUCACCCCACUUGGUACCUGUACGACUACGACCACUACAAUCUCGUCUUUCAUCCCUCGCCGAACACCUCGAACACACAAUCGAUACCUUUUACGAUCAGGUUAAUUGGCAUUUGAGACGAUUGCCUGGCUUUGACCCUUUAGAAAUACAACAACGCAUUCAGCAGACGUAUCAGACCCUCGACGAGUACUUGCCAGGUGGCAAGCGGUAUAAUGGCAACCUCGAGUACCGGGCUACUAUCGAUCGUGGCCCGAGACGUUCAGGAGGUAGUGGAGGAGGGGGUGGGUAUCCGUAUCCUAUUCCUAGUGGAAGAAUAUAGAUUCAGUUUUAGAGGACAAAGAACUUAUUUGCAGUAGUCCUGUGGUUGAUAGUGGAUUUACAAUUUGUGAUGAACAUAGCUUGGUAAAACACUGCAUAAUUUGUGUAGAUACAAAGGCGUAAUUCUCGGAUUUAGAUCUGGUUCAGGAGAAGAUGUUGAUUACUUGUUCUGAAAAAAUCACAUCCAAAAUGCUCUGCUUGGUUGUCUGCGAAAUCCAAAGAUUCAUUUUCAUAGCCCUAGUAGAUCUAAAACUAGAUGGGGGCUCAUCUUUGUUCGGAGGAGAUGAAGUCACCAAGUCUCAUCCGCGAUUUUCUUUGC